CUCAGCACCUUUGUCACAAAAUCCUCUUUCGUAAUUCUUCCUCUGCAAAACACAGUAAAUGGGUCGGCUUAAUCUCAUACUUGUGUGGUCGCUCUCAUUAACACUGUCCCUUUAUAAUCUACAUACAACCUCUGCCCAGCUUAGUCCAAACCACUACGCUAAUGUAUGCCCCAAUCUCGAAAGCAUCGUUAGACAGGUAGUUACCACCAAGUUCCAGCAAACCUUUGUCACUGUUCCAGCCACCCUUCGUCUCUUCUUCCACGAUUGCUUUGUCCAGGGUUGUGAUGCCUCGGUUUUGGUGGCAUCUACUGGGAACAACCAAGCGGAGAAGGAUCACCCAGACAAUCUUUCAUUGGCAGGUGAUGGAUUUGACACGGUGAUCAAAGCAAAAGCUGCAGUAGAUGCUGUCCCACAGUGCAGGAACAAAGUCUCGUGUGCUGAUAUUUUGGCCUUGGCUACCCGUGAUGUUAUCGUACUGUCUGGUGGACCUUCGUAUACCGUUGAAUUGGGAAGGUUUGAUGGGUUAGUUUCAAGAGCUUCUGAUGUAAAUGGAAGGCUUCCGAAACCCACGUUCAAUUUGAACCAGCUCAACUCCCUUUUUGCUGCAAAUGGACUCACCCAAACUGAUAUGAUUGCUCUCUCAGGUGCACACACUCUUGGAUUCUCCCACUGCAGCAAGUUCGCGAAUAGAAUAUACAACUUCAAUGGGCAAACUCCAGUGGACCCAUCAUUGAACAGGCAAUACGCAAUCCAAUUGCAACAGAUGUGCCCGAGGAACGUGGAUCCAAGGAUUGCCAUUAACAUGGACCCAACCACUCCCCGAAGAUUCGAUAACGUUUAUUACCAAAACCUCCAACAAGGAAAGGGCCUUUUCACCUCGGAUCAAAUCCUCUUCACUGACCAAAGGUCCAGGAACACUGUUAAUUCCUUUGCUUCAAAUGCUAACGUUUUCAACUCUAACUUCAUUGCCGCUAUCACCAAACUGGGUCGUGUUGGAGUUAAGACAGCAAGAAACGGCAAAAUUCGUACCGAUUGUUCUCUGCUUUAAUUCAACACAAACUCGCAAACAGUACAUGUUUUAGGGGGAAUUUAACUUCCAAGGGGCAUUUAGAUUAAUUGUUUUUAAUAAACUUGUUUGCGAAUCAUUCGGGAGUUGCUUGGAUGCCUAGGGGAGGGAGUUUAAGGGAUGAAGAGAAAAGCUAAGGUUGAGUUUUUAUUUGUUGUAAUGUUCCAAAUAAUUCAAAGUCCUCCAAAACUAUGAACUUUGAAUUGUUCAUAAAAAUAAUGGUUACCCAGAGGGGAAAAAAAAAUCAAUAGAUGGAUUUUAGAAUACUUGAA